CCCCUGCGCGCGCGCGCAGUGGCUACACCUCGUUUCUGUCCGGCCUUCCGGCAGCGAAAGACCGCUGGAGGAGGCAUGGCGGCUGCCAACCCUUGGGUCCCGGAGACCUCCCCAACCGCCGCGGGGCUACUGUUGGCCGAAUGCGUAGCCUCGGGUCUCGUCACUCAGGAGACACUAGAUUCAUGUAAGAGUCCUGCUCCAUUUUUUGUAAAUUUCUCCAGAAUCAAACAGAUUAAAGAUAUGGAAGCUGAAAUCAGACAGAAGACCUUGGAAAUUGAACUCUUAACACUAGAAAAGGAUACAGCAGAUGUUGUAGAUCCUUUCUUUCUAGCUCAAAAGUGUGAGACUCUGCAAAGCAUGAAUCAGCACUUGGAGACUGUACUGAAGGAGAAGAGGGCCCUCCGACAUCGACUGAUGAAGCCCCUGUGCCAGGAGAACUUGCCUAUAGAGGCCAUUUACCACAGGUAUGUGGUACAAUUGCUGGAGCUGGCAGUGAUUUUCAUUGAGAAACUAGAAGCCCAUAUUGAGGCCAUACGAAACAUUCCUUGUUUAAACUCUAGUGUGAAAAAUAUGGAUAGGGCUUUGACAAAAAUGAGUGUCUUGGAGGGAGAGACAGAAGAACUGAUAGAAAAUAUACUGAAAUGGAAAGAGCAACAAAAGCAAAUUUCUUCUUCUAUCACCAAAAUAUUUUCUGGCGAUCUUUUCAAAAAAAGCAUGAGACUGUAAUCCCUCAUCUACCUUUCUAAUCCAGAACUCAGGGCCUGCUGAUAGUUGAUGCCAAGUGACCACCAACUAUUUUAUUUUUCUUUACUUAUGUGUAUGACUGUUGGCCAUUCAUAGUUGACUAUAAUGAGAGAAUUUAUAGACUGGCUUGCUAAUUGUAUUCAUGAAACCUCUUUUUUCUUAGUUUUAUUUGGGGUUGACCAUGACCAACGUUGAUUUUACUUCUUUUUUUCCAUGUAAAUGGAAUAAGAGGUAUUAACAUGAAGAAGAGUGCAUUUCAUUCUUACUGGCAGCACCUGAACAUGGCAAGACAGCAAUUACAUAUGCAUUUAUAUACAAGUUACUAUGCUCACAACAGGCCAUCCAAAAUAGUAAAAAUCUUUACAAACAAAAAGCUCCAGAAUUAGGAAAGCUCCUUGAAUCUGACAUGGCCUGUACUGCUUUUGGAUCUGACUCACGGGUCAUCAGCAACCUCUUAGUCCUUGAGGGAGAAGAAGAAAGGCUGAGUAGGUUGGCAAUUGGCCCUGGCAGGUCUAAAGGGAUAGUAAUCAAGGAAGAAAAGGAACUAGAAACAAGUGAGACCAAGAGAAAAGGGAGAAGAAAGAGGUGUGGACGGUGGGAAGUGGUGCCAAGAAUUGUUUCAGACUACAUGCAGUCCUACUAGUGCCAUAACUGUCCUCUUGUAUUUUUGGUUUUCUUUUUUAUUAAAUAAAAAAGAAUUGAUGUGCUUCUGCUGCUCUGAUGUCUGCCUUUGUAUCUCAGCACCACUACCCAUGUAUGCAGAAGAUUCCAUUUUUAAAUAUGCUGACUUUAUGUAGGUUCACAAUACCUCCUUGUAGCAUAGGACUUUACUACACAAUGUAAUGUAUGAAGUAAUUAGCUAUUGAACCCAGUCCCUUUUUGGAAAAAUUUUCCUGGUAAAUUAAUGAGCAGUCACAUGUUGAAAUGAUGGUUUUGAUCAUAAUUAUUUCUGUUGUUACUCAUCUUAAAACUAUCAGUGGGAUGGGACUGGUCUCUAACCCAUGGGUGGCUGGAGCCACAUAGAGCAGGCUAGAGACAGGAAAGUCAGGAAUCAAGCAGAAGUUUAAUUUUGAAGUGAGGGAAAAGGCUUCCAAGCAAGGAGGCAAUUUAGACCCAUGUGCUGGGGCCUUGCUCCUAGUGGGGGGACCCAGGGCAGCGUGGGGAGAUCUCAAUGUUACACCAAUGGCUAUGCAGUGAGCUGUAGCCAUGACAAUGAGAGUUAACAGCAAUAAAGAUACAAGUUUGAUUCAUAGCAGGGCUUCAUGACCCAAACGUGGUACUUGUCUGAGCUCAGAGAACACCUGCUGCUAGUUAAAGCAAUACAAUAAUGAUGUGAUUUUGCCAGAGGGCGAAUGCAAAGGAUUGUUGCUAUGCCAAGCUCAGGGCACAGCCUGCUUGCUGGGCCUUAGCUCACGUCCUCUAAUAUCUUGACUAAACAAAACCCAUUAUCUCCAGAAAUACCUCAGCAUCGGUCUUUGUGUCUGACUAUCACUGUAAGGAUUUUUCUCAAUGCGAUCGAGAUUUAUUGUUAGCUGAUUUUUAUGUCUAUCCUUUGCAUAUGUUUCCAUAUGCCUAUUCUUUUGUUUUUAAAUUUUUUUAUUACUACGAACUUAAUAAAGUCAACAAAUAUGAACAUUUCUCUAUACAAAGAAGAACAGAAAAAGAGAAAAGCAUAUAAAAUUGUAAAUCUCUACUCUGUACAGUAAUUGUGAGCUCUCUUCAUUAGUUUGUCAUCUCCUUUAGGGCAGGGACUUAUUUUUGUGUUUCUUUGUAUCCUCAGAGCUUAGUACUGUGUCUGGCAUAUAGUAAGUGCCUAAUAAAUGCUUCUCAACUUGAUUGU